AGUAAAUACGAGCACUGACAAUUGUUGAGCUUUUCCGGUGUUUUCUGUGGUACGAGGCGGCCACCAGCCAACUCAAAAAAGCCCACUUCAGCCAGGUUUAGUCAUCAAACAGUACGAAUGAGUGGUUUUGAUCUUGUACAUACAGUGCGCAAAUACUGUGUGCACGUAUCUGACCCUUGCAACGCGCCGACUCAAUAAGCCAGUACCAGUGCUCCAACUCCAAACAUCGAACGAAAAGCAACAAAACGAAAAACACGCAAUAUUCUCAACGCAGCAAUUCGCAAGCAUGACGGCCCCUUCUCACAACCACACCAACUACCAGGCGCGCCUUGACUACAUUCGGGGACUUUUGGGAGAUCACUUUGGUCUUUCUAACGAGAACAUAGCGGAGACCAAGAUCACACCGAUUCAAUACGAAGCCGACUUCCCCUUCAAAUACAACAACUUCGUCUACCGCCUCGAGUUUCCCGUCGACAUAUCCGAUGACGGUGUUGAGCUGCCGGGAUGCGUCCCCAUUCCUGCAGGUGCUAGGGCGUUUAUAAUGCGCCUCAGCAACGCUAAUGCUGAGGGCAUAUACCAAGAAACCCGCGUGCAGAAUGAAGUCGCUAUCCUUACCCUCGCCUCGGCGGCUCUUCGCCACAUCAAGCCCAACAUCGUCCCCCGCGUCUUCGGCUGGGGUGGUGCUAGUCAAGGGCGUUUGGGCUGGAUCUUGCAGGACUUGAUGCCCGGAGUGCCGCUUGAUAACGUGUUUAGCCCAACCGCGUCCCUGGAACAAAAAACCGCGGUUCUGAGGCAGAUGGCGGCUAUUCUGAAGGCACUACAAGACUAUCCGCUUCCCAAGAGCAUUCAGGGCUGGGGAGGGUUGACUUUUGACAGCAACGGUGCCAUUGUCAGCGCGCCUAUGCCUAGCGUCGGUGCCGGGCCAUGGUCUUCCCUCGAAAAUUCCUACCGAGGCCGACUCAAAGCCGCACUCGAUAAGGCAGAUAAAAACCCGUAUCUAAAGGGAUGGCGGCCGAACGACAUCAGAGACCGUGUCGAUGAUUUCAUCGAGCGUGGCUUAUCAGCACAAUUCUCUGACCUGGCAUCUAGCCAUGACAGGGCUAUUAUACACGCAGAUUUUACCUCGGACAAUCUCCUCCACGACCCUGCGACAGGCCGAGUCACAGCGCUCCUCGACUACGACUUCAGCACUAUUCUACACCCUGCCUACGAGUUCUUCCGCUCUUUUGGUCCCAACGGCGGUCGAUUUACUGGCUGGAUCGCCGACUUAGACCCAGAGGGACAAGAGUUGUUAGAACUUCGGAGAGCUAAGCUGACCGGAAAGUUUCCUUCACCUCUUCCAACACCUAGAGAGACUCCCAAUGGUCCAGGGGUUGAUUGGGAACUUGCGCAGGCGUGGGAGAAUGAGCUGCAAAGAAUAAAUGUCAAGCGGCCUAGCACCAUUCAGGGCAUCGACAAACUUGCUGAUGUAGACGAGCUCUUGGGAUCCCUGACACCCUGGAGAUUGAUCAAUACUGACUUUCUGAGGAUGAAUACGGAUGAGGGCCAGAGAAUGGCUUUAAGACGUAUAGGUGAAGAGCAGCUUGUAGCCGUGUUGGAUCAUCUUGGGUUCUAGAAAUAGUUGAUAGUACGUUACGGAUCGUCUUAAGCGAGCCGGCGGAAUUAACAUGAAUAUUUGCUCCCCAGCCCAGAAACCU